AUGAAUGUCAAAAUCAAUUUUCCAUCAAAAGACUGUAGGGUUAAGAUGCUCAGAUUCGGGUCAAGGAGGUAUCUCACGAGCUUCCAAAAGUCUGAUGCUAAAUUACAGGAAUUCUACAAGUAUCAUGCAACCAAUGCAUCACUAAGGCCUUGGAUUUAUAGGCCGCGGAAUGCCAAUACGCUCUUGGCGAUGGACCUGAAAGACCCAGACUCAGAUGCUCCAUUGAAACCAAGAUCUCCAGUCAAACCAUUGAGUCGCCAGGUAUUGAAUACAUAUAUAUGGUCAGCACAAGAAGCAUCUCAAUUGCUGGACCUGCUGCAUAAGUGGACCUCUUUGACCACGAGGAAACUGGGGAUUUGGAGUUAUUUUACAGCAGACCAUGUUCAAAACAUUCUUUUUGCAUCAACCUUCAAACUGGGCAAACUCUCGUCGUUCUUGAAGCACUUGUAUUUGUGGAGGCCGCGUUUCGAGGAAGCACAAAACGCAGGUAUUUUCGAUGUGGAACACUUCUUCAACUCGGUGAUUACCUGCCAGCUACACAGAAACAACGCUCGGAAUCUGUGCAACGCUGAAACAGCUCGCAGCAAACUAGUUAUGGCAUGGAAUCAGGUCGCGGCCAAAGAGAACAAAACGGGUCUCACAUUACACUUGGUUGGUGCGUUAUCCAAGCAGCAAGGAUUCGAUAUUAAUGAUCUGUCUUUCCCAGGACUUGCUAAAGUGGAUGUCAAUCUACCCGUCGCUGAUGUCGAGUCCCUAAAGAGCGGUAGGCUUGCUGCAUUUUUGAGCCAGAACAGGUUUCACUACGUAAUGGCACAAACUAUUAUGGAAUUUGGUGAUGCUCCCGAGCCCGUGCGCAUGUUUGUAGCCAAUUACAAAGCUGCUGCAAAUAAAUUGGGCCGUCCCGACGUUUACCAAGAGUACAGGGCGAAUGCUAAGCUUUUAGCUACAGAGCCGAAGCCUCCAACCACUGCUUCUCCCCAUCCAGCAGCAGAAUCAUAA